GUGCUAUUUUAGUGGCCAGUUGCCAAUCCUGGGUAGUAGGAAGCACUUCCAAUCAACGUUGAAGGGCAUUCAUUCAUUUGAGCUUCACCCUGCAAAGUACCUAACCUAGGGUCUUAAGUGAAAAAAUAGGUAUCAAUGAAAAGGCUUCAUUCCUGGUUACAUUAGUAUCCAGGAAUCUAACAGAGCCUUGGAGGGUCAAGACCAUUUUUUUUCUUUUCAAUUCCAAGGCUGUCAUCAUGAACCUUUUCGGCUUCGCUCCAGAGCUCGUCGAGCAUAUAUUUGCAGAAUUCGCAAAUUCUCGUGAUCUGAAGCGAUUCAUGAGAUUGCGUCUUGUUAGCCGCCAAUUUAAAUUCUUUGUUGAUAAUGUCAUCUUCCGCCUUCGCCUUCUCGACAACUCCGAUUUGGACGUCCGUUAUGAAACCUCUUCAUAUCGCCUUAGUGAUUGGCGCGCCUUUCUCCUAGAGUAUCUGGCUUACCAGGUAUGGGUUGAGAAAGAGCCCAAUUCGCUUCGCGGCUUCAUUCGACGUGUUGCGAUGACCAUUUCUGAACAGGUCGGCGAUACGGAGCGGACCACCAUUCACGCUCGUAUCAAAUCCCUCUGUCAUCUUGCUCUCGGCAAUAAGGAGUAUCGACAAUUCGGCCACAAUCUGUUCAACGUAUCAAUAUCGCCAAUUCCCAAAUACCACGACAUAAAGCUAGGAAAAGAUCUCUUUGUCGCGGCCGUGUAUCUUGGCGAUAGAUCUUAUAUUGAGAAGCUCAUUUCGCAGGGCUCUCGGUGUGGUAACUGUCAAGGUAACCGCCCAGGUAGCUGGCAAAAGAUGGCACAUGUCACCAGUAACGUCUUUGGCGACGCUUACGGGGCAGCCACCUUCAAGGGCGACUUAUCCAUGUUACGCCUUCUCAUUUCAUCCAGUCCGGAUUUUCAACAAUCUGCGCCUCUGAAUUCCAGCCUUCAUCAACGUACUCUCCGCCGCGCUGCCGUUUUAGGUCACAAGGACAUUUUCGAUUUCGCUCUCGACAAUAAGCCUAUUGAUUUGACCGCAGGGGAGCGUGAAGAUUGCCGCGGAUACCCGGAAUAUGAAUGUCUAAGGGAUGCAAUAGCUUCCACGCCAAUCGUAGAAAACUACAAGCGCGGCGCUUCCAUGUUCAUACCCAAGAGCAAGAUAUUCGACCCCCGCGGUCGUGGAAGUACCCAGGCCCGACUUACAGAAAAAGCAGACGCAGGCCAUGUGGAUAUGGUACGAUAUUUCCUCAGCCAAGGCAUCUUGCUUAGCCACAAUACUCUGAAGAACGGAGUGAACGGGUGUGAGCCCCUGCUAGCAGGUGUGAGGGGUGGAAACCUGGAUGUGGUCAAGCUGCUUCUCGAUUAUGGAGCAGAUCCAAACUGCUUUCCAGUUGUCGAUACCGCACUUAUGUCCGCUGUGCGACUUUCAAGACUUUCAAUAGCCAAGAUGCUCCUAGAGGCAGGGGCAAGAAGCAACGAGGGCUGCCCUCCACCCAUUGUAUUAGCCGUCUUCAAGGAGGAUAUGCCCAUGUUCCGUUUGCUGCGUCAAUACGGUGCCACGUUGGACACCCCGGAGACCGGAAAUUGGGCGAUGGCCGUCGCACAGUUCUACGAGCUGGAAUCGAUGGCAGAUGUGCUUGUACAGGAAGGUGUAGAGAAGGGCGCGGUCCUUCAUCGUUGUGCCGGACGUAAAGAGAUAUACCAACCCCAAUACCUGUUUCCGCAGUGUGCGCUAGACCAAGAGGACAUUUGGCAACUCGCAAUAGAGCAAGACGCACUAGAAUAUCUUUGAGCCAUAACAAUCAUGAUGAUGAUGAUAUGUAUUUUCCCUUUCUCGGUUUUACCUAGACACACGUCAAGGUAUCAUCUGUCCUACGAGAUUGAGCAAAUGUCGCGAAGGCGCAAGACUACUUUCUAAUACCUGUAACUAGAUUACAGUGCGCCGCAUUAUUCAAUCAGACCUCGAUGUUUUAUAGCAUGGCAUACCUACCUACCUAGGUAUCUAGGUAGAUAGGCACCUAGUGGACCUAGUAUAACAGUACAGCCAUACGUGGACAAGUACUCAUAAUAGUUGAGCAUGAGGCUCUCUUGAACAUUGAAGUAUACCGCAUAAGGAGGUGUUUACUUUGUCAUUUCUUGGAGUUUCAAGUACCUACGGUCUUCCCCCCUCCAUAUUAUCAGUUCUUACUCCCGGGUAUAGUACCUGGCUUACAUCACUGAAGCCUGCUUCGUAGACACAUCUCGUUUGGCCUAACUGGGUCCCUAUAUAAACAAUACCCAUCCAUACCAAUCUUUUUUUUCAUUCAUUCAUCAAAAUUUAUCCUAAUCCUAAGAUACCUCCGCUGCUAUUGGCCGCCGCAAAGUUCCUAGCAUGAUAGUGAAACUUCCUCAAGAAUCACGUCCCGGA